UGGACCAUCAGUGAGCUGGCAUGUUACACCUAUUCUCUUGUGUCAGUGCCUCUGUACGACACACUGGGAACAGAAGCCAUCAACUACAUCAUAGACCAAGCUUCCAUCUCGACUAUAGUGUGUGACGUGGUGGAUAAAGCUAACCUCGUACUGAACUGUGUCGGGGACAGGGAACACACUGUGAAAACCAUCGUGCUCAUGGAGACCCCCAGUGACGAGCUGGUCAACAGGGGAAAAGAGGCUGGAAUCCACAUCCUCAGCCUGCAGGAGAUGGAGGCCAUCGGGAAGGCCAACCAUCGCCAACCAGUGCCUCCACAACCUGACGACAUGGCCAUUAUCUGCUUCACCAGCGGAACAACAGGAAACCCUAAGGGAGCUAUGAUCACACAUAAGAACAUUGUGUCCAACUGCUCGGCUUUCAUCAAACUGACAAAG